GAGGAAGGGAGACAGGGCCCAGAAGGGAGGGAAGAAGAAAGGGAAAGGAGAAGAGGAGAGGAGGAGUUUUUUUAGCCCGGCCCUUGCCCGCUUGCCGUGCAGCCCCUAAGUCUCCUUGGUCUCCUCCCGCCCCCUGGAAGUGAGCUGAGCAGCCGGCGGAGUGGAGCAAAGCACAGGCUCACUCACCAUGCGGAGCCCGGGACUCCAGCCCGCGCUGCUGGUGCGGUCAGCACUGCUGCUACUGCUGCUACUGCUUAUCCCACCAAUCCGAGGCUUCCCAGGAUCUGGAGACUCACCACUAGAAGACGAUGGAGUCUGGUAUUCACACACUAGACAUAAAGACACUCCAUGGUGCUCCCCCAUCAAGGUGAAGUAUGGGGAUGUGUACUGCAGGGCCCCUCAAGGGGGAUACUACAAAACUGCCCUGGGAACCAGGUGUGACAUUCGCUGUAGGAAGGGCUACGAGCUCCAUGGCUCUUCCCAGCUGAUCUGCCAGUCAAACAAGCGCUGGUCAGAUAAGGUCAUCUGCAAACAAAAGCGAUGUCCUAUCCUUGCCAUGCCAGCAAAUGGAGGGUUUAAGUGUGUAGAUGGUGCCUACUUUAACUCUCGGUGUGAGUACUAUUGUUCACCAGGAUACACACUGAAAGGAGAGCGGGCAGUCACAUGUAUGGACAAUAAGGCCUGGAGCGGCCAACCAGCCUCUUGUGUGGAUAUGGAACCUCCUAGAAUCAAGUGCCCAAGUGUGAAAGAACGUAUUGCUGAACCCAAUAAGCUGACAGUCCGGGUGUCCUGGGAAACCCCGGAAGGAAGAGACACAGCAGAUGGUAUUCUUACUGAUGUUAUUCUAAAAGGCCUCCCUCCAGGCUCGAAUUUUCCAGAAGGAGACCACAAGAUCGAGUACACAGUCUAUGACAGAGCUGAGAACAAGGGAACUUGCAAAUUUCGAGUCAAAGUAAGAGUCAGACGCUGUGGCAAACUCAGCGCACCAGAGAAUGGUUACAUGAAGUGUUCCAGUGAUGGUGACAAUUACGGAGCCACCUGUGAGUUCUCCUGCAUUGGUGGCUUUGAGCUCCAGGGUAGCCCUGCUCGAGUAUGUCAAUCCAAUCUGGCGUGGUCUGGCACGGAGCCCACCUGUGCAGCCAUGAAUGUCAAUGUGGGCGUCAGAACAGCAGCCGCACUUCUGGACCAGUUUUAUGAGAAAAGGAGACUCCUCAUUGUGUCCACACCCACAGCUCGAAACCUCCUCUACAGAUUGCAACUCGGAAUGCUGCAGCAAGCACAGUGUGGCCUGGAUCUUCGACAUGUCACAGUGGUGGAACUGGUGGGAGUAUUCCCAACCCUCAUUGGCAGGAUCAGAGCAAAGAUUAUGCCUCCAGCCCUAGCUCUGCAGCUCAGGCUGUUGCUACGAAUCCCACUGUACUCCUUCAGCAUGGUGCUAGUGGACAAGCAUGGCAUGGACAAAGAGCGCUACGUCUCCCUAGUAACACCCAUAGCUCUCUUCAACCUGAUUGAUACUUUCCCCUUGAGAAAAGAAGAAAUGAUUCUGCAAGCAGAGAUGGGCCAGACUUGUAACACCUGAUAUGAUGUUAUAUUUUCAGUGGUUAUUCUUCUUUUUGCAUAGUGCAGUGCACAUAGGAAAGCCUUAAAAGUAUCCUCGAUGUACAGAUUUUCAUUUGUAAUUUUAAAAGUCUAUUUUAUUAUGUGCUUUCUUUACCCUUGAAAAUUGGCACUAUGUUUUUUUU